UGAAAAAUUGUAAGAUUUCGGUUUUCCUUUUCAUUUCCUUCACGCAUCUUCAAUCUUUAGAAGAAAACCCCAAAUCAGAAUCCCAAAUUUUUGAUGAUUCUUUCGUAAUUGAUUUCUUGAAAUUAGAACUAGGGUUGCUGAGAAUCGAAAGAAAGUUUAAACUCAAUGAGCAAUUUGAGGGGAAUUUGUAGGCCUCAUCAUGCGGUAUACUCAUCGAUAACAUGUUGUUACAGUAGAGCUCGGUGUCGACCUCGAUCGAUUGUUAGGGUUUCAAAUUCGAUACGAAACCCUAAUAAUUCCUCACACCCUCGAUUGUCUUCUUCCCGUUCAACAGUUUUCUCUACCGGAAUUGAUUCAUCAGAUGGUCGUAAAAUUGAACCCUUGUGGGGUGGAUUCACUAAUCAUCAGCGGAGGACGCUAGUUAGGGCAGCUAAUUGGACUAACGAGAAAUCUCCAUACGAUACUCUUGAGCUGGAGGGCGAUGCUGAUGAUGAUGAAAUAAAGUUGGCAUACAGACGUUUAGCAAAGUUCUAUCAUCCCGAUGUUUAUGAUGGCAGAGGGUCUCUUGAGGAAGGAGAAACUGCUGAAGCUCGAUUCAUCAAGAUUCAAGCAGCCUAUGAGUUGCUAAUAGAUAGUGAUCAAAGAAGAAAAUAUGAUAUGGAAAACCGUGUCAAUCCAAUGAAGGCAUCUCAAGCAUGGAUGGAGUGGCUGAUGAAAAAGCGGAAGGCUUUUGAUCAACGUGGUGACAUGGCAAUUGUUGCUUGGGCAGAACAACAACAACAAGAGUUAAAUAUCCGUGUUCGGCGCCUCUCACGUUCAAAGAUUGAUCCUGAUGAGGAAAGAAGAAUUCUUGCGAAAGAGAAGAAGGCAUCAAUGGAGAAUUUCAAUAAUACUUUGAAAAGGCAUACGCUUGUGUUGAGGAAGAGGGAUUUGAUGAGAAAGAAGGCAGAUGAAGAGAAGAAAAAACUCAUCAUAAGUAAACUUUUAGCAGCCGAGGGUCUUGAGCUCGCGUCAGAUGAAGAUGAUGCGUCAUCGUAGGGGUAUUUUCGGUAUUUGAUAAAAAAAAAUACUUAAUAGGGGGGUAUAUUUGAUUAAUAGCGUAAGUUGUUGUAUUGUAUAUAUAUGGCUUACAAGAUACAAUACAAGCAUAAUGU